AUGAAAGGUGCUGAUGACGCGGACACAACUGGUAUCGCCCCCGGGUCUCGCCUGACGGACAAGCGCCCUAACAAUCUAUUGAAGCCCCGAAUUCCAACAUCAACAAAGAAUACUCAAUUAAGCGCCUUCGCGGGCCGCCUUCCCGCCUUUUUGCCUAAUCUGUGCCCAGUUAUUUCGGGUACACCCACGCUAGAGGGAGAUAGGCGG